AUGUCGCGCAGUAGUUACGACCGACACUUGACGAUUUUUUCGCCCGAGGGACGUUUGUACCAGGUGGAAUACGCAUUCAAGGCGAUAACAAGCGCAGGCAUCACGGCGGUAGCAGUACGAGGUAAGGAUGCUGUCGUGGUGGCGACGCAGAAAAAGCUGCCGGACAAGCUGAUUGAUGCAUCAACUGUCACGCACAUCUUUGCAAUCACGCCGAACAUUGGUUGUGUCGUGACUGGACGUACGCCUGAUGCGCGUGCACAGGUGCAGCGUGCACGGUCGGAGGCGGCUGAAUUCAAGUACAAGUAUGGAUACCCGAUUACGCCAGAUUUACUCGCGAAGCGCAUGGCAAAUAUCAACCAGGUUUAUACACAAAAGGCAGCGAUGCGUCCGCUCGGUCUUUCUAUGAUUUUGAUUGGGCUCGAUGACGAGCGUGGGCAGGAGCCACAGAUCUUCAAACUCGAUCCUGCGGGUCACUAUGUGGGCUACCGAGCGACGGCCAGCGGUACUAAGCAGACGGAGGCCAUGAGUUUUCUUGAAAAACAGUUCAAGCGUGUACCGACGGCCAUGGCGCCGGAUGCAGCGCUGGCCGAGGCGGAGAAGCUCGUGGGAGAGCUAAGCCGCGACGAGAUCCUUGAUAUGGCUGUGAAUACGCUACACACGGUGCUAGCUCAGGAACUCAAGCCCAGUGAGAUUGAGAUUGGCAUUGUCGGUGGUCCUGCUGUGCACGAUCCGUCGGCGUCGGCACGCGAGGUCGAGUCGCAGCAGCGAUUCUCGAUGCUGAGCGAGGCGGAAAUUGUACAAAUUCUUGAGCGCUUGGCAGAGCGAGACUAG